UACAUUGAUAUGUGCGGACGGCUUGACAAGGCUUUGAGUUUGGGGGUCGCUACCUCUUCCUGCUCAUGAGUAGGCCCCUAAUUACAACUUAAAAUCAUUGUAACAAGAAGCAAAGGUCCUUCUCAGAUUGACCUGAACGUUUAGGGCGAGUCGGGUCAAGACUUUCUGCAUCGAACAAGCCGGGCCUGAAUAAUACCAGGCACGGCGAUAGCGAUAGUUGUAACUCUUGACUAGUUGGCCUAUUGUGACAAGCUGCGAAACCCUCAGCCGCGACCCUGGCGGGGAAGCAGCGCUGCUGCACGCUCAGAGCCGUGUCGACGACACGGCCGCGGCGUGACUUGCUAUUCGGGGCUGCAAUGGACACACCAAUGGACCCCGCCUCCUUGACACAGCCAUAGCAGUAGAGGCCCACUCCAUGGCCACGCACCUCCCGCCAAUCAGCGCGGAGGCAGCCCCGCCGCGCCCUGGUGGCAGCCACUCCACCAGUCGUGGUGUUUACGCUCACCCAAUCGCCGGCCCAGUCGCCAGCCGCAGCCCCGGCCUCAGGCCCGACCCCAGCCCCGGCCCCAGCCCCGGCCCUGGCCCUUCUCUCGCCAACCCGCCGACUGUGCCGGGCGGCGGUGUCAGCCGCCAGCGCUACAAGGUCCUGGUGAUCGGCGCGCCAGGAUGCGGCAAGACCAGCCUCGUGCGGCGCAUGGCGGAGGGCGAGGCCUUCCGCUUCUCCGCCACCCUGGCGCGGCAGCGCGGCCUGGACUUCUACGCCUGCCAGCUGGCGCUUCGCGACGACGUCAGCGUCACGCUGCAGCUGUGGGACGUCAGCGACUGCCCCACGGGACGGCCCAACGACGACUCGGGGCCGCUGCGCGCCUACCUCUUCAACGCCCAGGCCGUACUGCUGGUGUACGACGCGGGGGACGCAGCCUCACUGGAGGGGCUGCGGCACGCGCUGGAUGCGGUGGAGGCGGCGCUGUCGGCGACAGCCGACGGCGCGGCGGGCGGCGGCGGCUCGCGGCCGUACCUGGCGUUGGUGGCGAACAAGUGCGACGUGUCGCCGGCGCCGGCGGAGUUUGGGGCGUCGGAGGCGCUGGCUCGCGAGCUGGCAGCGCGGCACGGCUGCACGCGCUUCGCGGUAUCGGCGGCGAGCGGGCAGGGCGUGCUGGAGGCGGCGGUGCAGCUGUCGUGCGACCUGGCCGGCGUGCCGCUUGCGGCGACCGACUACAAGCAGCGCUUUGCGGGCGGGCUGUCCGGAGGCGGGGGCAGCUUUGGCGGCAUGGACGGGCUGCCGCAAGCGGCGGAGCCGUGGGCACCGGCGUCUGCAGCUGGCCUGGCACUGGACCAGUUAGCAGCAAGCGGCGCGGGUCUGGCGCCAGGCGUUGGCGGUGGCGGGGUCGCAGUGUCGUUUCCGUACCAGCACCAGCCUUGGCGGCCGGUCAGCAGCCGCGCCAGCGGUAGCUUCGGCGGCAGUCGCAGCGGCACACCCAGUCCCACGGCGAUGCUGAUAAGCAAGACGGGGCCAAUGGGGCAAAAGGUCGCGGUCCGGUCAACGUCGCCGCUGGCUGGUAACAUGAUCGGGGCAGGGGCAGGGGCAGGGGCUGCACCCGCUGGCAGGUCUCCGCAGCACCCAUCGGAAGGGAGUAGAAAGCGCUCUAUGUGGCGGACGCUGUGCUGCUGCUGUUCCUCGGGCGCGUCCGAGUGACCCUUGAUAGAGCACGUCAAGGAGUUUUCGUGACCCCAAGGACGGGGUAUCUUGCAUUUCAGUGGUAAUUUAGCGGUUGGGCGGCGGCGUUUCUUAUUGUUUGCUCCUUGCACGUUUCACGCGCGCAAGGCUGCAAGACGAACAUAAUGCGUAUUCAUCCUAUACUUCGUGUCAGAAAUCACUUGGUGGUGUGUAGUACACGGUGCUUGUGUGCACACUACAGCGUUCCGCCCGCACCUUGGCUGUAUUUGGGCUGCUUGACUCGCCUGGAAGAUGGCGCCAAUGUGGCUGUGUAUUUCCAUGCGUGACAUGCCCGCGUGAUUGGAGGAACCAAUGCGUGCUUACAACGGGAAUGAAUGUCGAUGAGCCGGGCACGCCGGCCUGAACUGAACAGCACACCUGCCGACGGGCAGCAGGUGAAUGGAUUCCCUAAGUGCAAUGGAUGUAGUCUGCACAGGUGUAUGUGUUCACCCCCGUAUGUGUGUACCAUUUUGUCCGUCAUGUAGUCAUACCACGAUGAAGCUCAAGGUGUGGCAUGCUUGGGCACGAGGCGCGUGACUGAGACGUGCGUUUGCGCCCGGCAGGAUGGUGGCUGGGCCGUGGCACGCGGCGAUGGCGGUAGAGCCGCAGAUGCCCCCGGUCGGCUGGACUGAAACAAUCCGCUGGCGAGGGUGGGCUGUAAUAUAAGCAGGAG